AUGGAUUGGUCGCACCGAUCAUUCCACGUUCCUGUACUAGCCUUCCAAAACACGUCGGUAACCUUACAUAGUGCGCAAUUCGAUCCUUUUGACUUCGUUCUUGGUGCAUCCACAAACAACAUUAACGAGUCGGUGAUGGUCGCAACGACGAUUCAGGUCGUGGCGAAUUUCACAGCAGACCGAAUCGUCGACAUGACCUUUAAUUAUACAAGUCCCUCUACAAAGGACUGUACUCGGAUCGCUUGGCUUCUUGAGGCAGACCCUCGUAAUCGGUUUGCUGAGAGCGAGUCGUUCACAGUGACUGCAUCAGCGAAAGCGAAUCGCUCGUUAUGGUACCCCUUCAACAUCAGUAUCACGGUAAGCAUUCCCGUUUCAAGUUGGCCGACAGCAUCCAAUAGACCCGCAUCACGGGCACGAUUUAUAUGCCAUGGUUUGGCGAUGACGGAGACGAGUUUCCAUCAAGAAUGCGAGAUUAAAGCCCAAGAACCUCUGUCGGAAGAUUCAAAGGGAGAGGAUGCGAGGAUGCCAGGCAUGGAGGGUGGAUACGGAAGUUCGCCUCCACCAUCGUACAGGUCUGCCUUUAGUGCUUCCUCUUCCGACGUCCACGCUGGCGGCAGAUCUUAA